AUGGUGGGUCAUAAGAUGGUGCUUGUGAUGGUCGAACUCACUGUACCAACUGUGAUGGAAGGCAUCCGGCAUAUUAAAGAGAUUGCCCUGCUUAGCGCAAGGAAAAAGAUAUCCUUCGAGACAAAUACGCAAACAACAUCACUUUUCCCGAAGCAAGAAGGAUUGUUGAAGUACCUGUGUCGGGUCCAUCCUAUUUCAGUCGUGCAAAGGUUGGAAGAAACAACAAAGCAAAUGGCUACCGUACAGAAAUCCUCAGGCAAUGACCAAACCCCUAUUGCUAUCCACAACAAAUUAAUAUUGUAUAUUGGUCAGAAACUAAACGGCAAAGAAGAGUUUCAACAGUUAAAGGGAUUGUUCAGAACUAAUCCACUUGCUGAAGAUGAGUUCAGUAAUAUACGCUGUGUUUCUGACCUGUUCGAAAAGCUUGAAAAGCAUGAGACAAUACAAGUGGGAGAUUAUGAUAAAUUGGUAGAAAAACUGGAGAUUGUACAUCCUGAGCUGGCUUCACAUGUCAAAACAGAACAAAACAGGAUUGUUGAAAUCACGAAGAAAGACGAUAUGUCUGCAGCCACAGCUUCAACAGUCAGCGCAAGUCCCACCAUUGAAAUCCAUGCAGACUUAAUACCCUUGAUAGAUCAAACUGUAAACAGGAUUGAAACAGAAACAAAUGAGAAAAGGUUCAUAGAGACCGAAGCUUUUCGUGAUGCACAAAAGAAACUCGGAAAGAACAGAGUCAUAAUGAUCAAGGGUAACACAGGAGACGGCAAGACUUCGACUGCCAUUCAACUCAUGGACUGGCUGAUCAAGGAGCAGCCAUGCAGACAACCUCUUCAGCUUCAUGACAUCAAUACAUUAGAUAAAUUGUCACCAGAUUCGAGUCUGGUUACUUUUAUUGAUGAUAUUUUUGGAGAGAGAAAUGUUAGAAAUACGGAUGUAGCUGAGUGGAACAAAAGAAUUAUUAAUGUAAAAACACUGUUUGUAGAUCAACAAAUGAAGGCCAAUUUUUUGCUUGUUACUAUUCGUAAUGAAGUAUACAAUGUUUUGAAAAAGCGGUCUUCGAAACCAGUUUUCACCAAAGACAACACGAUUGAUUUGAGUUCUGAAACAUUCAGCAUUGCUAAGGAAAGACGAUUAUUUUUAAAAGAGUAUACACCAAAAGGAUACAAAUGGGAAGAGGAAGAAAUAGAAAGCAUUGUGAAAUCUGCUUCAAGAAUUGGGUUUCCACAAUGCUGCUGCCUUUUCUAUAACUCUGUGCAAUUGCAGGCAAAACGAGGGAAAUUUUUCGAGAAACCUUUUGAAUUUUUGAAGGAAGCGUUGUUAAGAUUACCAGAAUGUUGUGCCAUUUUGUUUCUUUUCCUCAAUGGAGGGGAGAUAAAAGUUACAGAUCUAGACCCAAACAGUGAUCAAAUCAACCAAACAUUGUUAGAGGAAUCAUUUAAUAUUAAUCUGAUUGAUGGCGAGGAGGACAGAUCCUCAUUGAAGUACGAGAGAAAAGUAGGAUUUGUAAAAGAAAGUUUAGACAGAUUGCUAGGAUUUUUAGUGGUGAAGGGGAUACAUUGGUCUGGUGAUGAAGUAUACAGAUUUAAUCAUGAUUCUGUACAUGUCACAGUAGCCCCUUUGUAUUGGAACAAAACACCAGUUGGUUAUAUACAGAAUUGUCGAGUGGAAUUUCUUGGUUGUCUCACAACCUCGAAAACAUCCUCAGACAUGAUUGUCAUAUCAUCUUGUCAUUACAAUUGUCUGUAUGAACGUCUACUCCGAGAGUUUGAGUGUAAGGAGAAUGUUUAUCACCGUAUGAUUAAUUCUCUAGAUGUAUGGAAAGAUCCUGUUUUUGUAGAAAGAUUUGUUGGAUACUGGUUGAAUGAGAGAGAAGGUGAUAAACGUGCUGUGUUAAAUAAGGCAUGUAAAUAUGGUGUAAAAGAAUGUGGUUUAUAUCUUCUGAGUGAGGGAGUCAAACCUGACAAGGACACAGACUUGUGGUCAUUGAUUACAGGAGGUGAUGUGUUUAAUCUUUACCGUGUUAAGGGAGAUGUGGAUGUACUUAAGAAAGUUGUUAAAUACCUGAAUGAUGAGAUAAAACAUGACUUGUUAAAUAAAGCAUGUGAUUCUUGUUCAAAAGAAUGUGGUUUAUAUCUUCUGAGUGAGGGAGUCAAACCUGACAAGGACACAAACUUGUGGUCAUUGAUUACAGGAGGUUAUGAUAUGUUUGAUAAAGGAAAUGUGGAUGAACUUAAGGAAGUUUUUAAAUACCUGAAUGAUGAGAGAAAACAUGACUUGUUAAAUGAUGCAUGUCGUUCUGGUUCAACAGAAUGUGGUUUAUAUCUUCUGAGUAAAGGAGCCAUACCUAAAGAUGCCACACUGUUGUAUGUGGCGAGGGGAGGAAGUGUGGAAUUGUUACGUAAACUACUGGAGUAUAAAGUCACUAUAACAGUGAGGAGUAAGAAGAAUAACAAUGUCCUACAUCUGUCGUGUUGGCGGGAGAGAGAAGAGAUGGUGACGGAGUUAUGUGAAAAGUAUCCAGACUUGGUACGUGACACUACUAAUGAUGGGUGUUUCCCGCUCCAUACCGCGACAGGAAACUUAUCUUUAUUCCAGACAGUGGAGAGAACUACACUUCAAACCUUGUAUAAACAGUGUGGGAAAGACGGACAUGUUGUACACAAGGAUUGUGUGUGGGGUCAGAGCAUGUCUAACUUAGUGGACCAUAAUGGAUGGACUGUAUUACAUUGGAGUUGUAAGAGGGGAAACAAGAAGAUUUGUGACUAUUUAUGUGAGAAGUUCCCAUCAUUGCUGACAAUUUUAGACAAGGAAGGACGGACUGUAUUACAUGUGAGUUGUUGGUGGGGAAACAUGGAGACUGGUAUCUAUUUAUGUGAGAAGAGUCCAUCACUGGUUACAUCUGUAGACAAUGAUGGACGGACUGUAUUACAUGUGAGUUGUGAGAGGGGAAACAAGGAGAUUUGUGUCUAUUUAUGUGAGAAGUUCCCAUCACUGCUGAGAGCUGUAGACAAGGAAGGAUGGACUGUAUUACAUGUGAGUUGUUGGUGGGGAAACAAGGAGAUUUGUAUCUAUUUAUGUGAGAAGUGUCCAUCACUGCUUACAUCUGUAGACAAUAAAGGACGGACUGUAUUACAUGUGAGUUGUGAGAGGGGAAACAAGGAGAUUUAUGACUAUUUACGUGAGAGGUGCCCAUCACAAUGA